AAACAAUAGGUUCCAAGAUCUGCUUUGUUGAGCAUGCGCAAUUGAAAGGAAGUGCACUAAUAACAAAAACAAAAACAGUUUCCAAGAAAUCUGUUUAAUUUGAAACAAGCAUUUAUAACUAUUGCGUAUACACUUAUAUACACGCUGUUCUCUACACUUUGAUUCGCUUACUAUUCAGUCAUGGUUUCACAUGAAAUUCAAACCCUGUCAGAUGAGCAGUUAAGAUCAACUCUUGUAGAGUACAAUGUAACAGUGGGUCCCAUUACAAAAACCACUCGGAAACUGUAUGAAAGAAAGCUAGCACGGUUGUGGCAACAAUUACCGGCUAUAACAUUAUUUUCUGAUGAAAAGGAUGAUGAGGAAGAGGAAGAGGAUGAAAAGGAUGAUGAGGAAGAGGAAGAGGAAGAAGAGACAAAACAGUGUCAAUCAUCAGCAUUUAGUACAUCUACAAUGAAGAAUAUGAAAGGAUAUGCUCAUGUAAAUAAACAUUCUGAAAGAAAGCGUCCCAGAGUUUUGCAUAGAAAAAUGUCUUCUACUAUCAGCAAGGCAAAUAAUUUGUUAGGCUACUCAAAUUGUCAAUAUAGCCAAUUAGAAGUUCCAUGCGAUGCCCAUAUGAAUGACUGUUCCACUGAUGUGAAUCCUGUAUCUGAAGACAGCCAAUCCACUGAAGAAAGUUCUGUGUCCAAAGAUAGGCAAUUUACUGCUAAUGAUACCACUUCACAAAAAGAGUGGAUUUCUAACAUGGAAAAUAAAAAUAUAGAUUUUGGGAAUAUCUUAAGGUUAACUUUUAAAAGGCCUGACAAAAAGUGUUCUGAAAAGGUUUUGCAGGCAGACAAACCUAAAACCAAAUGUCAGUAUGAAAAAUUGAGCUGGAAUGUUAAAUCAAAUUCAGAUGUUAAAAAUAAUUUGAAGAAUUUAAAUAAAGACUAUAUCACUGAAGAAAACAUUUCGAGCCAAAAACAUUUCGACUAUUCUGCCUUGCAGCAACCAGUAACAACUGUAAAAGGCAGUGAUUUCGUUUAUGGUAUAUCACCAAUACCAGAAAAUGUUUCUGGCAGGUAUAGUUUUGCAGUACCUCGGAUUGCAUGGAAAUCACUUGACAAACCCAUGCACACCAACUUGCCGUAUCAAACUGUUUCUUCAUUAGACAAAAAUUGUAAUCCUGUUAGGAAAAUGUUGCCUCAGUAUUAUAAUCGGGGUGUAGAUGCUGCUGUAAUAUCAGCUGAAAAUACUCGUGAAAUGAGGCAACACUCCACCACUAAUACAGGUGUUUUCCAGCAAAACAAAGAAACAAAUGUUUCCUCGAGAAGUCAAUUUUCAGAUUACAGUGCCCAGUUUACAUCAUACUCUUCAAACCCUCAAAUUAGCAGUAGUCAUCUCAGUAGCAGUUUACGCCGCAGACCAUUGAACAGCGGAGCUGAUCAAGACAAAAGCAGCUACACAAGUUUGCGUGAACCAGGAGUCUCCUCAUCUGCUGUUCCUGCUAAAGCUGGCAUGUCUUGGAUUACAAAGCUCCUUAUAAUGAUUGUGUUGGGUUUUAUGUUGUGGAUGAUAAUCAUGAACUUUGAGUAUCAGCCUUCAGUACCUAGUCUAACAAAUACCAAUUAAAAUGGUCACCUCCAUGAAUCCAAGUAUUUAAGCAAAUAACUGCAUGCCAGUUUCGUUUUCCUUUUUUUUUUUCUUUUCUAAAUUGUAGUUUAAAAUAAAAAUUAUUUUUCCUAUUAGAUUAUUUUAUCCAUGACAGUUCUGUCAAAAAGUAAGGUCCUUCUACAUUUAUUUCGUUAGUUUCUAAUUUAGCUAUGUUAUGAAUAAAGCUUGUUUGUUUCAGGAAUAGACACACACACACACACACACAAAUAUGUAAUAGUAUCAGUGAUGAUAAAUAAAUUAACUUUAGGUUAGUGAAAAUAUAUUUGUGACAUACGUCUAAGAGCAAAUUCACUGCAGUUACCAUGAGGAAAAAAUUCUCGCUUAUGGCAAAGGGUGUAAAAACACCAUAUCUUUUCGCUCUCUUUCUCUCUCUCUCUCUCUCUCUCUAAUGGACUUCCUUUCACUUUGUGUAUUCCUCAUCACUGCAUUGCAUUGGUACUUGUAUAUUUUGACCAGGCAAUCUGCGAGCACAACCAGUCACUAAUAUUGUCUGCUCUAAGAUAAAGCUAUGGUUUUAGGAUUGCCUUUCUUCAGUACCUCCUACUAAAGAAGGUUAAAAAGUCAGAAACAUCUGUUAGAGAGACACUGAGCAGAUAUGGUGUUUUUGAACAUUUUAUCCCAUAAAGAAGAAUUUUUAUCUCUAGUAAAUGCAAUGAAUUUAUCUUUAGAAGUCAAAUUAUGUCACAGACCAUAUUUUAACUAACCUGAAGUUCACUUGCGUGAGUGAGAGAGAAUUUUGUUUUAUAGCUGUAAGCUAUUUAUGCAAUCUUGUAAUAAUGGCACUUCUAAUUUAGUGUUUCUUGUUCUUUAAGUUCUUAAUUCAAACCAAUAUUGAGGACAAAAUGUACAUACUUUCAGUAUUACUCAGCUGCAUGGUGUAUUUUUUUCUUUUUUAAUGUAUGUAUACAUAAAUGGAAGUGAAGUAGACACUGGACUUGGAUUAUGAAGGAAUUAAAGUGCUACAUAUAUAUAUAUGUAUGUGUGUGUAUGUGUAUAUAUAUAUAUAUAUAUAUAUAUAUAUUUUUGUACAACCUACUUGGCAUGCAUAUCAAUUGCUUUAAUAACAAUUUUUCUAAAAAUUAUUUUUAUUUUCUAAUUUUACUUCUAGUGUAUGUAUAUACAGCAAAAAAAUAAUAACUUGGAAUAAAUUUCUUUCAAUAUAGUAAUUUCAUUUAUUUUGCAAACCAA